UUAACCUCUCCAAGCCGUAUCGGACCGUUUUCAGCCCUCCGUUGGAGAUGAGGAGCGCCGCCGUAGUUCACCGCCCAGUUCUCGGCUCCACCGCCGCGAUCUCUCCGUCGCUCCCGCGAAGUUCUAAAUUUCGAGCUAAAAAACUUCCGGCUGCUAAAUUUGGCGGGAAGUCCAUUAGAGCUCACUCCGCUUCCGCUUCCGCUUCUUCUUCUCCUUCUACUGCUAGUCUCACGUCAAAUGAAAAUAAUCACUGUCGUGGAUCGUAUAUGCUUGGAAGAAGAGCGCUUUUGUAUAUGGCUACCCUAUCAUUUCUUCCAUGUAAUGAUUUCGAUAAAAGUGUUUGUGCUAGUGCUGCUGAUGAAACUUUUCUUGUAAGAGAAGAGAUCGGGAAGGUAUUAUCCAAGGUCAAGGCUCCUGGCGUACUUCGUUUGGUGUUUCAUGAUGCAGGGACUUUUGAAAUGGAAAAGAAAACAGGUGGUAUGAAUGGCUCUAUAGUUUAUGAACUAGACAGACCUGAAAACAAAGGCCUUAAAAAAUCUGUCAAGAUUCUAGAGAAGGCCAAGAGUCAACUUGAUGGUGUACAACCAGUUUCAUGGGCAGAUAUAAUAGCUGUGGCUGGAGCAGAAGCUGUUUCAUUAUGUGGAGGACCAAAGAUCCCCAUUCAGCUUGGAAGGAUAGACUCAUUGGUGCCUGAUCCUGAAGGAAAGCUUCCUGAAGAAUCACUGGAUGCUUCUGCAAUGAAGCAGUGUUUUCAAAGAAAAGGCUUCUCAACUCAGGAACUUGUUGCUCUCUCUGGAGCUCAUACAAUUGGAGGCAAAGGUUUUGGAAAUCCAACUGUCUUUGAUAAUUCAUACUUCAAGAUACUCAUAGAGAAGCCAUGGUUGUCAUCAGAUGGUAUGUCCAGUAUGAUUGGCCUGCCCUCUGAUAGGGCACUCGUUGAAGAUGAUGAAUGUGUAAGGUGGAUCACAAAGUAUGCCAACGACCAGAAUUUAUUCUUUGAAGAUUUUAAGAAUGUCUAUCUCAAACUCGUAAACAGUGGAGCAACUUGGAGAGGAACUGUAUAGAAUGCAACUAGAGCUGGUAAAAGUUUCGCCAAUAAACGGAACCCACCCAGGCCAGCCAUUGGUGUUGAUCAUCAAACCUGUAAGUCAAAUCCGCCGCCCAUUUUUGUUUGGGAAGGACAUAUUUUGUAGGUUCAAGGCUGGGCUUAGUUUGGUGCUAUACAAAGCUCCUUUCCGAAACAGGAACACAGGCGAACGAAAAUGGAAAUAGUUAGUUGGCAGUGCAUAAUAGAUGCUAGCCUCCAUCUGCUACUGAAAUAUAGGAGCUGUCUGCCUUAGUGGUGGAGGGGCAAUUAGGCUUAGGCUUUGUAACCCCAUAAGAGAGGAGAUAAAAAGUAGAAAAAAAAAAGUUACAGGAUUAUAUUUACUUUUGAUCUAUCAUCUCUAUGAACAAAUGACUUACUGCUUGUGUCUAGGAGUCAUUUGGUAACUUAUUAUACCAAAUAAUAUGGUUUAUAACAAGUGUCACAAAGUUUUACA